UUUGGAGAGUUUCUUGCUGCAACUCUCACUUCCGCUAAUUCCGGCAUUAUUGCUUGCCUUCGCGCCAAAAGUGCAGAGUUAGCAGUGGAAGCUGCGCGUGCAGCACUCAGAGGUGGAGUUUCCGUUUUGGAAAUCACAAUGUCAACCCCUGGUGUUUUCGAGGCGUUGCAGUGUCUGGUCCAAGAAUAUCCUUCAGCAUCAAUAGGAGUUGGAACAGUUUUAGAUAGACGAGACGCGAAAGAAGCAGUAAAUCUCGGAGCUAAGUUUCUCAUGAGUCCUGCAAUGGUGAAGGGAAUUCUAAACGAUGUUGCAGAGAGCCAGGCUCUGUAUAUACCAGGAGCAGCAACCCCUACGGAGAUAUUAUCUGCAUCGAAUGAUGGUGCCAAAAUCAUCAAGGUGUAUCCAGUCUCUGCAUUAGGUGGAGUUGAGUAUUUAGCAGCAGUGAAGAAGCCAUUCCCCCAUAUCCCACUGGUUGCAUCACAAGGCAUGAAAUUAGAUUCAGUUGGAGAGUAUAUAGGUCACGGAGCAUCAGCUGUUGUUAUAUCAGAUGCCAUAUUUGACAAAAAGGCAAUGGCUGAAAGAAAUUUUUUUCUAAUAUAUCACUUGGCCUGCUCUGCUGCAACCAAGGGGACUCAAGCUGUAAGGGAAACUGUGUGUGGAUAUGAUUGAAAUUGUUAUAUGGUGCAUUUUUGAAAAUGUAGAUGUGCACUACAAAACUUUGAUUGACGUAGCGUGUAUUUUUUGUUUUUAUUUUUUCUAACUCUAUAUAAAAAAAUACGAUUUUCUA